UGUGUGUAUGUCGCGCUAAUGUUUCUCCACUGAGACGAGUGUGUGUGUAAAGAUCAUGUUUUAAUUCUCCACAGACGUGUGUGUGCGUGUAAAGAUUUCUGAGGACAUUAUUGGAUAUAUUCAGCUGGUUCGUCAUCGCACACAAGUCAACUCAUCUAGUCUCCUGUUGGUGUGUUUAUGGAGGACGUCUCCUCAGAGCCGCUGGCUGCCUCCAGCUCAGCUCAGGAUGGCGGCCAUGUUGGAACCCCUAACCUCUCAGCUCAGGAUGGCGGCCAUAUUGGCACCCCUGAUCUCUCAGCUCAGGAUGGCGACCAUAUUGGAACCCCUCAUCUCUCAGCUCAGGAUGGCAGCGUUGUUGUGGCUCCUCAUAUUUCCCAGUGUGAUGUCAAGGGGAACCUCACCAUCACCACACAUCACCACCACUGCUCUGGCCCUGUUAAUUCAGCUGCAACACCCACACAGAAAGCAGACAAAUGCCCAACGAUGUCGGAUCUGAAAGAAUGGAUUUGCUCACAGUAUGAAACCGUUCAGGAGUAUAAUUCCUUACCUGAAGAUGAAGUUCUGCUGGCUGAUCGCUACACUCAACUGUUGAUCAUCGAAAAACACGGAGAGCAAGGGGAGAGAGAGAAAGAGAUCGUCAACCAUGGAGCAGGGUUCUUUGGUGCAAGAAGUAGUGGUUAUAAAAGCAUCACCAUAGACCAGUUCUUCAGACCUAAUGACAGUGGACGUAUUCCCAAAGCUGUGAUUCUCCAGGGAAACUCUGGACAUGGCAAGUCUUUUACCACUCAGAGGAUCAUGUUGGACUGGGCAUCAGGUAACCUCUACCAGGAUGAGUUUGACCUCAUUUUACACUUGAGCUGCAAAGAACUGAACCUAUACAGUGAAGGAAGUCAGAGUGUUGUGGAUCUUCUGAGCUGCAGUGACACAUUUACCCCCCUGGUCCUAAACAUACUGAAGGACUCACCUCAGAAGGUGCUUCUCCUAAUUGAUGGAUUUGAUGAGCUGCAAUUCCCACUUCAUGAAAUCCGCAAGUCUCCUGUUCCAGACUUUUCCACACCAGCUCGUGUUGAGGUCAUCCUGUGUGCUUUGCUGAAUGGGAGCAUCCUAUCUCACUGCUUCCUGCUAGUCACCACACGGCCCACUGCUUCAGACAAACUGAGCAAGCUGCUCAAGCGUCCUGUUCGCUGCACUGAGAUUCUGGGCUUCUCUGAGGAGGGUGUACAUGAGUACAUAAAGAGGUUCUGUAAACAUGAAGAGGUCGGGAAGGAGGCAUUCAGACGAGUGAAGGCAAAUGAAACUCUCUACACCUCCUGCUUCAUUCCUGUCAUCUGCUGGAUCGUCUGCACUGUAUUUAGUAAGCAUUUGGUGAAGAAUAAGCAACAGACCAAUAGUCUGGAAACAACAACCUCCAUAUUUGUCCACUUCGUGUCCAUUCUGCAAGAGCACCACUGCCGGGGUUUGAGGCAGCCUGUGCCAGAUCUGCUGAGGAGCCUGGGCCAGCUGGCAGAGAAAGGGAUACAGGAUCAGCAGGUCCUGUUUGACAAGGAGAGUGUGCAGGACACUGUCUCAGAACCAACCAGUGUUCCCUUCCUGUGUAAAUUCCUGAUGAAGGAGACGGUGGGAACAAAAGAGAUGUUCAGCUUCAUGCAUCUCAGCUUUCAGGAGUUCUUCACUGCACUCCACUACACAUUGGCCCCAGACGAAGAGAGGGUGAAAGAGCUGCUUAAACCCAUUGAGCAAGAGGAAGGCAGAACCCAUCUCCUACCUGUCAUUCAGUUCCUCUUUGGUCUUUCAGAAGAGAAGGUGAUGCAAGAUCUGAAGAAACUCGGGCUGUCCCACUGCAUGGAAGCACAGCUGAAAAAGUGGAUUAUUCGACUGAUUGAAGAUAGCAACGUCCACAAGAAAAAGGACAUGAUGCUCUUCACUCUCCACUGUCUCUAUGAGCUCCAUGAAGAGGAGUUUGUGAAGAGAGCCAUGGCGGUGUGGGGUGAGGUGAAGUUUGAUCGCAUCCCCCUGACAAGGACAGACUGCUGGGUCCUGCUCUACUGCCUGCAGUGCUGCCCCACCAUCCCAAAUCUGGAGCUCAAAGAGACAAGCCUGAUGCUCACAGGGUGCAACAUCACAACAGACAAGCUGAGAAUGCUACAGCCUGAACUGAGAAGGUGUCAGAAGUUGGGGUUACACGUGGUGGAGCUGUCAGAUGAUGAUGUGGACGAUCUGAUCUCAGCUCUAGGAGAGGAGAAGACCAUCUCUGAAUUAUGUGUGUUGGACAGCAGCCUGUCAGAGGAGAGUGUGCAGCAGAUCUUCACUGCUCUCUCCAAGCAGGAGAGUGUGGGUGGAGUUUUGCUCUCUGUGAAGACCAUCACCCUACAAACGAGUGAGACACUUCUGCACUUCAUCAACAGCACACAGACUACAGAUUGGGUUGGGGUCCAGUUACCUGAGGGAGCUGAUGGAGCUGAGAGUCUGUGUUCUUAUCUCAUCGUGACAAGAGAAGAGGAACAUCUCAGACUCUACAUUGGUAACUAUGGAGAUACAUCCCCAGAGUCAGAAACCUCAGGCUUGGGACUAGUAGUUAAACUCCCAGAGAUCUCUCACAUCCUGCUGGAGGAAAUCACCUGCAGGUUUCACCAGCUGAGACCUCUGGCAGAAAAAAGUCCAGAGCAUGUGGAUGGUCUGAUGGCGUACAUGUCCUCUCUGCCUGAUCUGAAGUGGGUGUGGCUUGGUGCAGGCUGCCUGACUGAGUUCUGGGCAAAAAAGAUCUUGUCCCUUAUACAAACCUGCCCCCAUUUAGAUGGAGUAGAGUUUCGGGCUGCCAUCGUGGGUCCAAAGGGCGUUGGUGAAUUUGGUUUGCUCCUGGAGGAGGGAAUCCACUUACUGCAGGAGGCACAGCUGCCCCCAGGACGCACCAUCACACUUACAGGGUUGGGGUGCAGUAAGACUAAGGAUCCGUGCAGGAGAUUGAGGGACAGGAAGCUCAGCUGUAAUAAAGAGGUGGAGAUUGUGGAGGAGAGACCAUCUGAAGAGAACAUGGUGAUUCCAUCCGUAAAGAAAAAAAAGAGCCCACUGCUACGGACUAAUGUGUGUACUUCAAUGUGAUUCACUAGUCCAAAUGGGAUAAAGUGCAGAGAAAGAAUUUCCCCUAGGGGACCAAAAUUUGCUCAAAUUGGCUCCAAUUGGCUACUUACUUUACUUACUCUCUCUCUCGCUCCCUCUCUCUCUCUCUCUCUCUCUCGCUCUGUC